AAUUAAUAGAAAUGAAAUAGAAUGCUGAUUCAAGGUCAUACAAGGAAUAAAACAUUUAUUUUAUAAAGUCAAUAUAGCAUCAAAAGUUAAUAGGCUUCUAUAAGUCUGGCAUUCAAUUUGAGUUUUGUGACAUAGAUCCUCAUUGUGGGAAUCAAUUUUAAUGGAUUCUAUAAAGUGAUGAUUAAAAUGAAUAAAAAUAUGAGUUUAGAUUUGGUGAAUACGUCUUAAUAUAAAACUUAGCUAAGAACAUACCCAUAAACAAUGAUAAAGUGCCUCUAUUAUUGAAAUUUUCGAACGGGAGUAUUGAUUCAUAAGUAUUCAACAAAUGCUCAAACAAUUUAAUAGGAAACUAACCAUGUGUAUUUAAAAAUAACAUUAAAAAUCUUUAUUUCAACAUUGAGAAAUGUUCAUCAACCUAUACAGAAUAACCAUCUUAUUUUCAAAUAAUACCUAAGUGUAGUUUAAGAACUUUGUCCAUCCAGAGACCAAUUUGCCAUUUAAUAAAAGACUUUUAAAUACGAAAUUACUUUACAGGAUAUUGCCUAUCUUUUUCUAAUUAAUUUGAGACUGAAAAGUAUUUGACAAUUAAAAACAAACAAACCAUACCCUAAGAUUAUUGGAGAAUAUCCUCAACAGAGAAUAAUGUCUAUGAGUUGUAUAAUCCAUCAUAAAGGUGCUAUAUUUAGAAUCUGUCAAUGGAAAAAGAAGAGGAAUCCAAAUAUUUAUAUUUAAGUUCCAAUUAGCCAAAGCAUCAUUGGAGAAUUAUAUGUAAAAUGCUUUCUUAUUGAUUAUUUAGGUCCAUAAAAGAAAGAGAUAAGUUUUGGAGUUCCAUUUUUGAUUCAAGACAUGUUGAGUGGAAGUUUUAUUAACAUAGACCUCUUAGAUCCCAAAGACGAUUAGAGCAGUGAGUUUGGUGUGGUCUUAAAGAAAAAUAUAGAUAACACCGCCUUAUGGGUGGUGUUUUAUAUGAAAUGA